AUGGCCACCCGGCUGGGCGCGCUCGCCGCGUCGGGGCUGUACCGGCGGCGCCAGCACCGGCAGAGCCCGCCGCCCGCGGCGCCAGGUAACAUGUCCAGCGCCUUGGCCAACGCCGUGUGCCAGCGCUGCCAGGCGCGCUUCGCCCCUGCCGAGCGGAUCGUCAACAGCAACGGAGAGCUGUACCACGAGCACUGCUUCGUGUGCGCCCAGUGCUUCCGGCCCUUCCCCGAGGGGCUCUUCUACGAGUUCGAAGGUCGGAAGUACUGCGAGCAUGACUUCCAGAUGCUGUUUGCUCCGUGCUGUGGGUCCUGCGGCGAAUUCAUCAUUGGCCGCGUCAUCAAGGCCAUGAACAACAACUGGCACCCUGGGUGCUUCCGCUGUGAGCUGUGCGACGUGGAGCUGGCUGACCUGGGCUUUGUGAAGAAUGCAGGCAGACACCUGUGCCGACCCUGUCACAACCGCGAGAAGGCCAAGGGCCUGGGCAAGUACAUCUGUCAGCGCUGCCACCUGGUCAUCGACGAGCAGCCCCUCAUGUUCAAGAAUGACGCCUACCACCCUGACCACUUCAGCUGCACCCACUGCGGGAAGGAGCUGACCGCAGAGGCCCGGGAGCUGAAGGGCGAGCUGUACUGCCUGCCCUGCCACGACAAGAUGGGGGUCCCCAUCUGCGGGGCCUGCCGCCGGCCCAUCGAGGGCCGGGUGGUCAAUGCGCUGGGCAAGCAGUGGCACGUGGAGCACUUCGUCUGCGCCAAGUGUGAGAAGCCGUUCCUGGGGCACCGGCACUAUGAGAAGAAGGGCCUGGCCUACUGUGAGACCCACUACAACCAGCUCUUUGGGGAUGUCUGCUACACUUGCAGCCACGUGAUCGAGGGCGAUGUGGUGUCAGCCCUCAACAAGGCCUGGUGCGUGCACUGCUUCUCCUGUUCCACCUGUAACAGCCGGCUCACCCUGAAGAACAAGUUUGUGGAGUUCGACAUGAAGCCCGUGUGUAAGCGGUGCUACGAGAAGUUUCCGCUGGAGCUGAAGAAACGGCUGAAGAAGCUGUCGGAGCUGGCUGCCCGCAGGGCGCAGCCCAAGUCCUCGGGCCUCCCCACUGCCUGA